GCGAAGCACCGUAGAAACCCCAAAGAAGAGGAGGAGCUUUAUUUUGAAGGAACCAAAAAGCCAAACAAGACCGGAAGUGACCGUCUUAGGUUUGUUGCUAAUGCUAAUGGACCCGGAACGGUAAACCAGCACUCCGAAGAUGGCCGGGGUGUUUGAGGUGGAGGUUGAUGGUGUAGAGCACGACCAUGGACUGGAGCAUCACAAUGAACCGAAUCAGUUUGAUGUGUCCAAGCUUUCACCAGAAGAAAAGUGGAGGGUGGAACAUGCAAGAAUGCAUGCCAAACACAAAGGCCACGAGGCCAUGCACGCAGAGAUGGUGCUCAUCCUCAUAGUCACCCUGGUCGUCGCCCAGCUAGUCCUUGUGCAAUGGAAACAGAGACAUCCAAAGUCAUACAAUCUGGUGACUCUGUUCCAGAUGUGGGUAGUUCCUCUCUACUUUACAACCAAACUUCACUGGUGGAGGUUCCUGACCACAUGGUUUAUCUUCUCUGUCAUCACAGCUUACAUUUCCUACCGUGCCACUCGCAAGCCGCUGGCCUGCACCACACCAAGGUUGGUGUACAAGUGGUUCCUCCUUCUGUACAAGAUCAGCUAUGCCACAGGAAUAGCUGGCUACACUGUCGUCAUGUUUACACUUUUUGGUAUUAAUCUAAUAUUCAGGAUAAAGCCAGAGGAUGCAAUGGACUUUGGUGUUUCACUACUAUUCUAUGGUCUGUACUACGGGGUCCUAGGAAGAGACUUUGCAGAAAUGUGUGCAGACUUCAUGGCUUCAACUGUUGGGUAUUACAGUGCAUCUGGCAUGCCAACCAAGCACCUCUCUGACAAUAUCUGUGCUGUGUGCGGUCAGCCCAUCCUUGUAGAUGUCAGUGAGGAAGGGAUUAUCGAGAACACAUACAGAUUAUCCUGCAACCAUGUGUUCCAUGAGUUCUGCAUAAGAGGAUGGUGUAUCGUUGGGAAGAAGCAGAUGUGCCCAUACUGCAAAGAGAAGGUGGAUCUGAAGAGGAUGUUUAGUAACCCCUGGGAGAGGCCACAUGUCAUGUAUGGACAACUUUUAGACUGGCUUCGGUACCUGGUGGCUUGGCAGCCUGUCAUUAUUGGAUUUGUGCAAGGUAUCAACUACAUCCUGGGUCUGGAGUGACCUGCGAUUGGCAGAAAUGGACAUAACACACCACAUGGAGAAGAUGUGCACUGGCUCAAAAGACUGAGGGCCUAACAUUGAACUAAAACACCAAUAAAAAAGUGUCUAUACUUUUUGUAUAUAUUUAUAGGCACAUAUUAUCUGUAUUUACGGUUUAUUUGAAUUUUAUUAGUUAUCUGAAUUUGGAUGUCUGUGUCAAUUUCCCAGGAUUUGCUUCACACAGCGUUAUACCUUAAUCAUUGGUUUGUGCAUCUUACAACCUAGUAAAGCAGUUCUCAAAAUUAUUAGAGAGGUGCUUUUUACUAAUUUAUGUCUUAAAUGUGUGUUAAUGCUUAGUUAAAGGAUCAUGCUAGAGUUUUUCACCCUCAUGUCGUGUAAUAAAUACUCAGCGCAAAUCAAGAUAAAUCAUUUCUCCCUUUGCCUUUUAAAUGCACCAACCCAGUAUCCACUUCCUCUGGAGGCAUUUUGCAACUGCGUCACUUAAUGUAAUCACUCAUAUAGCUGUUUGACCUGCAUGACACAGAUUCCACGUUUUGGGUGAGAGUUUCCUAAGCGCUCAGAGUCACGCACCAUGUGAGUGGAGGCCUCGUCAUCAGGGGGGUAAAAAAUUGGCAAACAUACAUAAGCAGAGGAUUCCUCACACGGUGCUUGUUAAGAUGAAAAUUUUUAUUACUGGAUUUCAGAAUGUCCCUGUUGUUUUCAUGGACACUCAUCCUUACCAACUUGCCAAAACAGUCUUUGCUUUGACUGUUACCCUUUGAGCAACAUCUCGCUUCAUUAAGUUUGUGUGAUUUGAAUUGGAGGAAUUUCACUGUCUACCAAGCAGCCUUCUCUGUGUGUGCACAGGAUUGACUAUUUUUUUAUUAAAAGGUCAGUUCACUUAAAUUACAAAAUGGAAAAAAAAAAAAAAAAAUCAGCUACAAUUUCUCAUUUAGCUGUAGGUGUAUCAGGCCAUGCAGAUAGUUUUAGUUUUACUCUGUCAGCUGUUUUCUUUGGAACUAAUUUCUACUGAAGAGAUAGUCGCUAUGAAAAUGUUGACAGUGUGCUCUGUAGAUAAUUCAGAGUUUCAGGACAGACACAUUGCUGUUACAUUUUUAAAUCUUUUUCUAUGCUGUUGGCAAUACUAACUAUUUUAUUCACCUCCAUUUUAUUGGUGUGGCAGCAGAAAACCUGGCCUGAUAAAACCCAAAAUAUAUCUGCAUGGCUAGAUACUGAAGUGAGAAAACAUUUUCUUGUAAUUUAGGCUAAAGGUUCAGAAAUUGGAAUGACCCAGUAAGCUCAAACCAAAGCUGAGAUACCAGCAAGCGACUGGACUAAAACCAUUAACUGUUCAAACGAAAUCUGACUCGGCGAGGAAAGAAAACAUCCUAGAAUGAUCCUUUAACCUGGUGAGAGUGCUGAUGGUGCCAGUCUUAUUUUAAUGUGAUCUGUUCAAUCUGAGGUCCCACAGGGACUGUGUACAACAAAGCCAACAUGAUCAUUUUGUUUUGUUGUCAAUGUUUUGAUCAAGAUCGGUUAAUAAAUGUCACAUGGUUUAGA